UCCAACGACAAUUCCUUGGCAUUAUUAGUGGGUUGACAGUGACGAUGGCGGACAAUGGUGGGGAGCAUAUAACCCGGGUUCUUUUUUGCGGGCCACAAUUUCCUGCUUCUCAUAAUUACACAAUUGAGUAUAUGCAGGAAUACCCAUUUGUCCAGGUUGAUGUUGUUCCACUUGAAGAUGUACCAGAUGUUAUUGGAAACUACCACGUCUGUGUAGUGAAAGCCAUGAAGUUUGAUUCAAAUGUUAUUUCUCGUGCUAAACAGAUGAAGCUGAUAAUGCAAUUUGGUGUGGGUGUGGAAGGCAUUGAUAUUGAUGCUGCGACAAAAAGUGGAAUCAGAGUAGCUAGAAUUCCCAGUAGUGUAACAGGAAACGCAGCUUCAUGUGCAGAAAUGGCUAUAUUUUUAAUAUUAGGCCUUCUCCGGAAGCAAAAUGACAUGCAAAUUUCUGUAAAACAGAAAAAGCUUGGGGAGCCAGCUGGUGAAACACUACUCGGCAAAACGGUCUUCAUUUUAGGAUUUGGAAAUAUUGGAGUUGAGUUGGCAAAGCGCUUGAGACCAUUUGGUGUUAAAAUUAUUGGUACAAAAAGAAGCUGGGCUUCGCAUUUGAAUAAUUCUGGUCAGUCAGAUGUUCAAAAUGGUGUCGAUGAUGACUUAAUUGAUGAGAAGGGUGCUCAUGGAGAUAUUCAGAAAUUCGCAAGCAAGGCAGACAUUGUUGUUUGUUGUUUAUCAUUAAAUAGUGAAACAGUGGGCAUUGUCAAUAGGUCAUUUUUAUCGUCAAUGAGAAAGGGUUCCCAUCUAGUAAACAUUGCCCGGGGUGGUCUCUUUGACUAUGAAUCUGUUUUCCAUUCCUUGGAGUCUGGCCACUUGGGAGGCUUGGGCAUUGAUGUUGCUUGGACUGAGCCAUUUGAUCCUGAUGAUCCAAUUUUGAAGUUCAAAAAUGUUCUAAUCACACCUCAUGUUGCAGGAGUUACAGAGCCUUCUUAUAGAUCCAUGGCUAAGGUUGUUGGUGAUGUUGCAAUUCAAAUUCACCAAGGAACUACUUUGACAGGGAUCGAAUUUGUAAAUUGAUGCUUUGCUAGAAUGUGAUUUAAAUUGUCCUACACGGGCAUAGGAAUUGGAUUUUUAGAUAAUCUAAUAUUGGAAUUGUAUGUUAUUAUUGGUUUUCAAUGUGCUACAUGGUAAUGUGGAUUUUUCUGUUAAACAAAAAAAAAUGUUAAUGUGUCUUUUUGAAAGAAACAGCUUGGGUGGAUCAAACUCAGGAUGUGCAUCCAAAACUAGGAUGAUGGAUGAUAUUUGUCACGUAAGUUCUUUCUAAUAUUUCGGAACUUAAAUUGUAUGUCCUUGAUGUUAUUUUCGUUAAUAAAGUUACUUGGCAAAAACGAAGUUCAUACAUUUAUCAAA